UUGAUCCUGACAUGAAAUGGUAUCUUGUAAUUUUAAACUCUUGUUUUACGGAUUUUAACGAAAAUGGUAAGGAUAUACAGCUUCUGAAAAUGUGGACACACUUCGUUUGGAUUGCCGGUGCCAUAGCGAUCGCCUUGUGCCAGCCAGUACAGGCAAAAAAGUGAUCCACUGCCACCUGGAACUAAGGAAGCAGUAAAACCAUUAGUCGAGACUCGCCCGGUUCCUGCCAAUUUUUCCGCGGUUUUCACGUGCAAGCACAAGGAUAUUACAAAGGAAAAGGUGUCCUGGCAGCAUAACAAGGCCAAGGUUAUGGACGCGAUGGAUGACAAGAAUACGCAAUACGACGUGAAAACGGAGCCAGGAACGUCCACCCUCACUAUCGCACGCGUCCAGGUCAAAGAUCAAGGCAAUGUUACAUGCCAGGUGCAGAGUGGGGCAGGGACUGUCGAAGACACGGUGGCAUUUAACGUUAGCGAACUCUCGAUAAAAGUAAAUCAGCAAAAUGUCGCAGGCGACACCGCCUACAUCCCUGACGGAACAAUCAACGUGACGUACAGCUGUGCUAUCCGGUAUGCACCGAAAGAUGCCAAACUGAGCUGGUUUGAUAAGGAAACCGAGCUGACCGCGACAACCUGCAAAGACAAAAACUGCGAAAUCCAAAACGGCGCUGCAACUGCGGAUGUUAAGGAAGCCACCGUUCUUUACGCUGCCAUAGAAGACGUCCUUUACGACGAGCUGCAGUGUAGACUGGUCAGCACAUCGUCGCCGGACGGUAUUGGUGACAAAGCGCUACUAUCGGGAGUCAUCAAACUAAUACCAUAUGGAAAGCCGAAAUUUACCGGAACGAAUGUCACAAUUGCAGAGAAUUACAUUCAGGUGGAAAGCGGUCAACCGUCACGUUUAGUGUGCACAGACUCCUUGCAAGCCACACGACCCAACAGUUGGACAGGGGAGACAAUAUCGUUCGCCAACAUUUUGGUAACACCCACCUACGCCGACACUCAGGUCAACGUCACCUGCGUUGUCACGAAUCCGGUCAGCGGGGUAACCGUUGCAGCCACCGCAGUAGUGAAUGCGAAAGCCCAAAGCGCCAAAUCGGGAAAAAACAUUGUCGCCAUUGUUGUUGGAUCAGUGAUUGCGGGCAUUUUGGUAGUGAUACUGGUGGUGGUGUGGGUCAUCUAUCGCAAAGCCGGACUGCGCCCGAAUGCGACCAUGCGAGCCAACUGUUUCCCUUGUUGGAGCAGCCGUGCUAACCUGCACUAACCAACCGGCGAUCAGUCAUGCAGCGCAGAUUGUUGCAAAUUUACUCAUGCAUACUCGUACACUUUUUAAUUACCGUUAAUAUUGUAUCAUUACUUAUGCAGUUUUGUUGUUGCUCUUUUCUGGUUAAUCUGCGUACAUUUUUCGUAUACGCGGGAUGAGCACCGAUCAUUUCGACAGAA